AUGGUGGAACACAGUGGCCUAGAUAGUCAGUGUCUGAACAAGUACUGUCACAGUUCCUCCUCGUCGUCCAGCUCCGAGCACGACAAAAAGAUGUUCGCCAAACUAAAACUAAGUCUGUCAGGGGAUUAUCCGAGGAAGAACGGAGAGAUCCUCAGCGGCCAAUACGGGACCAAUUUGCUGCUGCUCGGGGUGGCGAUGAUGCUGGCUAUCCAAGGUGACCCCUCUGUCAGGGAAGAGCACUUGUUGGCCUUUGUCACCAGCCUCAUGAUCCUCCAGCUGAUCUGGAUGUUGUGGUACAUGCUGGUGCGGGACAGACAGAAGAACACGCGGACCGAGAAAGAUGUCCACGCCACAACAUGCUGGAUAAGAGGUGGUUUGACUCUCCUUGCAGUCCUUUCACUGAUUAUGGACGCUUUCCGAAUCGGGUAUUAUAUUGGCUAUCAGUCUUGUGUGUCAGCUGUGCUCGGGGUAUAUCCUGUCAUCCACGCAACUCACACAAUAACACAGGUGCAUUUUCUCUGGUUUCACAUCAAGGAUGUCAUCCAGAGCUUUGAAACAUUUGAGAGAUUUGGUGUUAUCCAUGCAGUCUUCACCAACCUCCUCCUGUGGUGCAACGGUGUAAUGUCAGAGGCCGAGCACUUCUUGAACAACCACAAGAGUAGACUCUUUGCACUGGGCUAUGAAAACCUCACUAUAAUGCACUCAGAGCCAGACUGUAACUGCACCACCAGCACUUGCUCCUUGUUCUCCAGAAGUCUCUUCUAUCUCUAUCCCUUCAACGUCGAGUACCACAUAUUUGUCUCUGCCAUGCUCUUCGUCAUGUGGAAAAACAUUGGGCGGACCAUUGACCUUUCUUCAAACAGGAAGAGGCUGGCUACCAAAAUCCAGGGCCUGCACGUAGGCCCCAUUCUGGGUCUACUUGCACUGGCCGGCACUAUCGGGGUCAUGGUGGUCUACAUCACCAACAUAGAGGAAUCCUUCCAAACUCAUAAUUCAGCCAUUUCCAUGUUCUACAUUUAUGGCAUUGCCAUGCUGGCAUCCAUGUGCUCUGCUGGUUCCUUAGGUCUGCUCAUAUAUCGAGUGGACCACAUGCCUCCGGACACCUCCAAGAACCCGUCCAGACAGCUGGACACAGAGCUGCUGUGUGGGUCCUCUAUCGGCUCCUGGCUCAUGUCCUGGUGCAGCAUUGUGGCUGUGGUAGGAGCCAACAGCAAUCCUCCUUUCCGCUGGACCAACUUGAUCUACUCUCUGCUUGUUGUGCUGGAGAAGUACACCCAGAACCUCUUCAUCGUAGAGUCCCUGUAUCGCCAGCAAGAGGAUGGAGAGAGGGAGGACCCUGAGUUACCAGCUGCUCCGGAAAUCUUCUCGGUGACGUCCUCUUUAGCCCCACCGUACAACGGCAUCAUUAACCAAGCCUACGAGACUCCAGACAGAAUCUGUGUCUCCCUGGAGAACGAGGAAGAGGAGAGCAGACAGGUGUACAGAUGUCCGCGGAAACCUUCUGAGGUCUCGCUGCCUGUGAGAAACAAAGUUAAGCAGCCCCUAAAUAUAAAGAGGAAAGUCCUGAAAAACAUUGCUGUCUUCCUGAUAAUGUCCAACAUUUCGCUGUGGAUCCUUCCUGCCUUUGGCUGCCGGCCACAGUACGACAAUGGUUUGGAACAGGAGACAUUUGGCUACAGCACAUGGACCACAAUUCUCAAUUUCGCCAUUCCUUUGAACCUUUUCUACCGCAUUCACUCAGUCGCCUCCCUCUUCGAGGUGUUCCGCCGGGUCUGACAGAAAAGCAGAUGACUGACAAUGCCAGCUACACUAACAUGCACAAGAACACUUGUCCCCACCGGCUCCCGAGAGUGUCUCACAGCGCAGGUCAGCCUUUCAGGAGGCAGUCUGGGUCACACUCCAACAGACUUGAAAGCAAUCCGCAGAGACAAACAAAACGUAGAUCCCUCAGUGUUGGGAUUACAGAGGAAGACGAAACCUAUUAGCCUACCUUCCUUGAAGAAUUACCUUGUUUAACACAAGGCUUAUUAAAAAUGGUGAUGGAAAGGACUUUUGGUUUCAAGAAUUUCAAAAGGGCUCUUUGUACUUUUUGUUCUGUAGUCACAUUACAGUAGGUUUUACUCACUGGUUCAUCAUGUAAAAUAUAUAUGAUGCAUCUGACACACUUAUUUUGUACUGUUUGAUAUUAGUAGCUGAAAGUAUAUGAUAGCCUACUUACAAAAUACUCCAGCUAAGCCACUUAAACACCUGUUAGUACCAAACAUCUACUGUGUUCAACAGAGCCGCAAGUGCAUUAGUUAACCUAUUGACCCAUAUUUUAACUGCAUGUGAAAUGUUCAUACUGUAUAAGGAUAUGGUUCUCAUUUACUUCUCUUAGUAGUUCAAGUUUAAUGUAUAAAACCUGAGCUAUAAAGAUAGUGACAAUCUUAGCACUAUAUUUUGAAUAAUCUUUAUGAGUUGGACUAUAGUUCUCUGUCAUUUAAGGUUCAUCAGUGUCCUUUUCUAUGCUGAUUCUCUGUUCUGUCAAGUUAAAUAGUAAAUUAUGUUCAAAAUGAUGUUACUAGGUAGCACAGUUUUGAUUAUACUGAGUUAUCUUUAUCCACAAUAUAGUGAGAAGUGCUAGGUGAGAUAAAUCUACUGUCAAAAAUGUUUCCCUUCUGAGUUCAUGUAUGUAUGAACAUGUUUAAAACUCUUCAAAUCAGGUGGAUCUAUACUGUUAAAAGAGGAAAUCUUGUAUCAGAAUAGUUCCAGGAUUAUUACACCAAUAUAAAGCAACAGUUGCUGUAAUGACAACUGCUACAGCAGAUCAGAGAUUGUAUGUUUACACCUGAAAGAUCAGCAAUAAAAUCCAUCCCAUGUCUGUGACAUUACUUGUUUCUUUUUGAUAUAAAACACAGAUAUACUGGUUACUUGUACUGUACAAUUUUAUAUCAAAUCAAUGUAUAAUUUCUGUCAGUUCUCAACGUGGUGCUAUCCACUGUAUGUGUUGUCACUAUGUGCCAACUUGUGGUAAAAAUCCUGCAAACUGCAAUAUUAUAAUCGUUGUAAAUACUCUCAUGCUGAUUAAAGUCAUCACUCAGACACUGAUACGAUUUUGUGAAAAUCCAAUAAAAUGGUGCUCGUAUGAAAUGAUGUGUACUAUAGUGAUGAAUGUAUAUCUUUUGCCUAUAUUGAAAUAAAGAAUAUUUUUCUUUUUUUCAUAUUCAA